GCGGGGGGAACCUUCUGAAUCGCGUGGUGGAAAUUCGAACGAACGGCUGGCGUUUACGUUCCACUUUCUCACAAUUAUUCGAAACUGGGUCGAGCGAAGGUGGCACAUACAUACCGCGCGUCGCGUGUGCAUAGGAUCCUCGCGCGCGGGAACGGCCCGAAGUCUCGCACGCGCGCACUAGGGGAUCAAUGAGCCGAUCGCGCGCCUCAAUCGCGGGAGCUUAUAGAUAGACGCACACAAGAGAGGCGGCCACCAGAUAAACGCGGAUUAAUGGAGUGCAUCUGGGCGUGAUAACGCGUAAUCCAAUGACCCGUUGAUGUUCUCGCCGUAGCGGAAUUCCCAUCGGCCGUUAAGCCGAUCAAUAAACCGAUCUGAUAUUACAAAUACGCGCGCCGCGUAGGACGAAAGAAGGGAGGUGCGGGAGGCUGAUAUCCGGCCGAAUUGAUCAAUCGGCGAAGCCCGCGGGAUCAAUCGGUCGCGUGACGCGAUGGCCAAUUAGUGUUACGAUUAAUUAUCGGUGACUGCGCACGAGAUCUAUCGGUCGCGAAAUCGCGCUCGUAACACGCUCGUUUAACGCGACACCUCGUCUCGAGUUAUAAAUUCUAGUGUCUCGCGUGCGCGCAAGAGAGAGAGAGAGAAGGAACGAGAAUGAGUUAAUUUUACUCCAUGCGCGAUGAUGAUAUCCUAUAAAACGAGAUAUCGGCUGAGCGCGCGUGAACGGAAAUCGCUCGGCGCGGGUUGGCCGGCGGUGACGACGGCGCGCGAGUCGCUAUUAAUAAACCGGCGCAUGCGCACCGCGCCGACCGCCGUGUGUAUCCGCCAUUCAUGCGAGUCGAUUUCGUUGUUUCUCUGUGUGUGCGGGCACGAGCUAGCAGCCAGCUAGGCACAGCCAGCGAGCGAGACGAACGGUACGUGGUGCUACGACGGUGACAAAUUCGCCCGCGCGGUCCGAGAAGAGUACGAUGCGAGCCAUGCACUAGUUCCGCGAGCGUACCAUCGCGAUAUAUCACACAGUGGCGGCGACAGCGACAGCGACAGCGACAGUCGGCGACGGCGGCUUCGGCAACAGCAGCAGCCAGUCUGUUGGAGCACGCUCCCAGUUUUUAGUACCUGAAACGACGAUGAUUCUCGGUCACGGUCCGCCGACGUAAGAGUGAAACAAGUGCCAUUUUUAGGAUCGGUAGGAAUGAUGCUAAUCAAAUAAUAGAGCGAGAAACAAAUUAAUCUACUGGUACAAUAAUUAUUCGACAAGUAACAUGGGGGCGUUUUUGGAUACUCCGAAGACAGAGAAGUGCAACGAGCAUGGCACUGGCAAUGGUCUACGGUAUGGCGUUGCCAGCAUGCAGGGCUGGCGGAUGGAAAUGGAGGACGCUCAUCGAGCUAUUCCCUGCUUGGACGGUGGCCUCUCAGAUUGGAGCUACUUUGCGGUAUUUGAUGGCCAUGCAGGUGCAUUCGUAUCGGCGCAUAGUGCGGAACACUUGCUAGAAUGUAUAAUGCAAACACAAGAAUUUAAGGCCGAGGAUGUUAUCAAAGGGAUCCAUUCUGGAUUUCUCAGACUGGACGACGAGAUGAGAGAUUUGCCCGAGAUGAGCGCUGGCACAGACAAGUCUGGCUCUACGGCGGUGUGUGCAUUUAUAUCACCCAAAAAUAUUUAUAUCGCCAAUUGCGGCGACUCCCGGGCGGUACUCUGCAGAUCAGGACUUCCAGUCUUCUCCACGCGGGAUCACAAGCCUGUGUUGCCUGCCGAGAAAGAGAGAAUUCAAAACGCGGGUGGUAGCGUAAUGAUCCAAAGAGUUAAUGGAUCUCUGGCAGUCUCUCGGGCAUUGGGCGAUUACGAGUACAAAAAUCUGAAAGAUCGAGGUCCUUGUGAGCAGUUAGUGUCACCAGAACCAGAAAUAUUCGUGCUAGACAGGGACGAUGAACACGACGAGUUUCUAGUUUUAGCAUGUGAUGGCAUUUGGGAUGUAAUGAACAACGAAGAUUUAUGUAAUUUUAUACAUUCGAGGCUGCAGCUAACUGAUGAUUUAGAGGCUGUUACCAAUCUGGUUGUAGACACUUGUCUUUAUAAGGGUAGCCGAGAUAAUAUGAGUAUAGUUCUGGUAACGUUUCCGGCUGCACCAAAACCAAAUCCUGAAGCACAGAGGCAGGAGGCUGAGUUGGAAAUGGCUAUUGCAAGGAAAAUUAAAGAAAUAAUCGCCCAAGAGGAGGAUAAGAGUGAAUUUGACUAUCUAAAAAUGCUUGAACUUCUUAGAGGAAGUGACCAAGAUUUUCCUUAUUUGCCUCCUGGUGGUGGUCUUCACGCUAAGCAACCUUUUAUUGAGAAAAUGUUUCGAGAAAUGUGUCCCAGCAAAGCGCAUUCUAUGGAAACUACAUCAAGGUUAUCCUCGCAUAUAUGAAGAAAUAUACAUGUACCAAAGUAUAUUACCGUUUCUGGUUAUAAAAUGUCUUGAAACUAACAAAGUUAAUACACAAUUUAUUAGGUUUUUUUAAAGGUAAUAUAUUAGAAAUAAAAAAAUAUAAAUCUUAUACAAAGAAUGGAUUAACCCUCUAUUUUUACUAACAAUGUCUCAUUAAAUGCAAAUGUAAGGAUACUCUAAUAUAUUUCUCUGGUACUUUAAACUUUUUCUUUCAAAUCUAAUAAAAAUAAGAUGCGAAAGGUUCGUGACAUUUCACGACGAGUUUCCAAAUACAGAAUACUGAGAUACAGUGGUAUAAUUAUAGGAUGAAGUGGUAUAAUUAUACAUAAAAUCAUCUUUGCGGAAGCAAGACUUUUUGUCUGCUAUUAUUAGUUAAGAAAUAAUGCAUCUUGGAUUAUCACCAUAAGCAAAGUGGCUUGUCAUGAAAAUUCACGAAUUUUCGAGUUAUUAAUCACUAAUAUCAUUUCUUCAUUUUAUUGAACGAGGUAUUAGAUUUUCGUAAGAUUGUGAAUUAUGGAAUGAAUAUAUCGCUAGACGUGGCGCCAACAUUACAGAUAUACGUGAAGCUUUAUAAUUUUCCGAAGUAAUUGAAAUCUAGUUAAAAACAUUUAUAUAAUAUGUAUUUAGAUUACGAAUUUAUAAAAACAGUUCAUUAGCUGAAUAUCUCUUUUUACUGAGCUUUCGUGCCUCAUCUAGUGAUAAUGCCUAUAUUAAUAAUACAUGUUUUCAACUCGCAGUGCAAACAAUCUGUAGAACUGUACACAUAUGUUUUUAAGUGAAAAAUUAAAUAUUUGGUAGCAUAACGCGCAAUCUUAAUUUGACUGUACAUUACGAACUUAAUCAUUUACAUUAUCAAUGUAAAUCACUUAUUUCAUAGAGAUUGGAAUUCGAAUUUUAAUAUGAAUACGUUACUACUUUCUGUAGUAAUACAUUUUUUUAUAUAUAAUCCUAUUCUGUGUGCUGAAUAUAUUCCACAUUAUUAAGCCAAAUAUUUAAUAAAUUUUGAAACAAUUAUAUAUUACAGAUCAAUAUAUUUCAAUCUCUAUUCUUUUCAAUAUUUCAAUAUUUGUGUGUUCUACAGAAUAGGACUAUUAAAAUAAAAAAAUUGUGUAAAAUAUGUUUUUAUGAAAACAAAAAGUAGUACUUUAUUAAUGUCACUGUUAUGUAGAAUUAUAUAUCAAUUAAGAUCAAUUGGCAUAAUAGUGAUGGGAUAACCAUACUGCAUUUAUUUUGUUUUGUGAUUUUGUAAUUGUUUUACAUGUAAUUCACAAUAUUAAUUAUAGAACUAUAAAAAGUUUAUAAUCACUAAUUUGUAUCUUAUUAUUACAAUCAUUUUUAAUUCCAAUUAUGUUUAUAUGUUUGUUUAACUCUUUAAAUUUUUAUAGAAAUUAGCAUCAAAUAAAUAACUCAUAAUAAUCAUUUAUUAAGUACCUUACGAAUACUAGAUGAUUUAUGGCACUUAAGCUUUUUUUUAAAUAUCUGUAUCAUCUUAUGUUUUUUCUGAUGAAUCAAAUCGUUAUUGUAUCUUUGUCUUUUUAUCUUUAUUAUAACAAGAAAUUUCGUUAAAAUAUUUGUUUAAUUUUAGUUCGUAAUUUUUUUUCCUAAUAAAUUUGGAAAGAAUGAAUGUUGUAUACCUCGACUAAUCUAAACACAAAUUAUUCUUUUCAUGUAAAGUGUUCAGCCUUUCGUUAUUUUUCUAUUGAGCCAGAGCACAAGUCUGCCAGGGACAUAUGGAUACAUAUUUACUGACCAAGCUUAAUAACAGCUGUUACUAAAAUUUUAAUACACAUCACAACUUCUACUCAACUCUUUUUUUCUAAUUUAAUUGUAAGAGAAUUAUAAAAUCAUGUGUAUCAUAUUGUUGUUUUCAACAUGGAAGCUUUAGAAUUAAUACAAAUUUUAUGCGGCGUUUGAAGUACAGACAAAGUUACGGACACGGAAGUUAAGUUUUUACAAUAAGCGCCUGUCGUAUACUACCAAAUUUUAGCGUUUCAAAUGCGGUACUAUUUUAGAUCUAUUAUUAUUGUCGUGUGUUGUAGAGUCGUCGAUAUAAUUGUACAAUACCUAUCUAUGUUUAUUGUACAUAAUACGCAUAAUUAAAAUGAUUUGAUGGGAAC